AGACCAUGAGCAGUUUGUUUGUGGGGAAAAAAAUGUUAAAGUUGAUAAAUAAAUUAAUAAAUAAAAAGAGAAUCCACUACAAGCCCUGGUAAAACAUUCUUAUUGUUCAGAGAAGGUAUAUUUUCUUUCUUCCUUUGCUUUCUCUAGCUACAUGCUAGCAAACGUACAUAAUAGCAUAAUUCAGUGGCUGGCAGCUGGAUGUACUCUUUUAUUACAUUUUUAUUCCAUAUGAGUUGAUUACAGCCCAUGAUCUACUCAUCACUUCAUUUUCAAAGUAGCUGAGCAGAUUCAAUUUUCCAUGGAUCUGUUUUUGUAAAUUAUCUAGCGUCAUGGCUCUUUUCUUUAGUGACAUCCUCCUGGAAUUUUGGCCACCAGGAACAGACAUAAUAAUGGCCAAAUACAGAAUUUUCCUUUCCCUUGUCAUUACUCUGUUAUGCAGUGGGGGUUUGCAAUAGACCUUUUGACUGCAGCAAAAGAAGAUCUGCUUCAGCUGCUUGUCUGUCCUGGCCUACAAAACUUUGCUACUGUUUCUGAGCACAUAUCUUCCAUCAUAAAAGUGUGGCCUGUGUGAUUUAGUCAAAAUUUUAAUCUUGAAUGUGUGAAUUUGGCUACUGUUAAAGCUUGAGCAGCUUUCUGAUGUCCAUGUGCCGUGCUGAUGAUCAUGUAUCAGCAAAUCACACUUUUCUUCUCAUUUCCUCUCCUCCCUAUGAUCCUCAGUCUUCCAGUGCGGGUCAUUUUAGAGUAAUUCUCCAACUGCAAUGGAUAAAUUAAAGGCAAAGAUUUAAAAAGCUUCCAUUGGGAAGGCAGAUUGAAUGUCCUUCUGCUGAGUAGAAUGCCUACACAAGUCAUAUCUCAUAGUAGAAAGAUAUGCCACAACUUCUAUAUGGAGUAUCCUCAGUGUGACUGUGAGUGUCAUCACUCUUUACUAUGUACGGAUAAGUAAAAAUUUCAGUGAAGUCAGGCACAUUAAGCUGGUGUGUAAGAAAUUGUAUUUGAUCUGCUCUGAGAUCCCAUUGGUUUAGAAGAGAAGAUGCCUUUGUUGGAUGUUGUACAAACUGUCCUUCUCCCACUGCAGUUGUAUCAUUUUUGUCAUCUUGUAAUCUGUUUAGUGAAACAAAAGCCCUCAUUCUGAUUUGAUUUAAAGUAGCUACUGCCUCUAACAAUUACGCUCAUUUAAUUACUGCUAACAGAGAAGAUGGGAAUUAAGUUUCUCAAAAAGUAAACCUGAUUGUACUUUUAAGCUAUCUGAAAAGAGUAGUCUGUGGCUGCUAUAUGGUAGUGUGUUUCAAAAAGUUACUUGAGUUUCAUGGUUGUUUCUUGCACUUAGUUAAGGAAUGUGUUAGAAGAAAGUACAGGAAUGGGAGUCCAUUGCACUUCCUAGGGUGAGGAGUUGUUUCUUUGUAAAUGGAGCAUGUGAACCGAGAUGUUUGUUAUGUUGGUAAACUCUUUCCCUGUGUUCUUCUGAGGAUGUGAGUGCUAAGUCUGAACAAGGAGCACAUGGCAACCUUUCAGUGGAUGGUCCAAGAAGAAUAUUUUGGUGUCUGGAAGAACACACAGGAAAGCUUUCUAUAUCUUCUUCUACAUGAGAAAAGUAAAUAGCAAGAGGUGUGAAGGGAAUUUCAUUAUUUAUUAGGCGUGGUCAAGUUCUAAAACAACAUUUAGUUCAUAUUGUUGGAAAAUAAAUCACCAGGAGCUUGACCAACAAAAUUCAAGGUUUAAAUAUCUGUCUGAAUUUUCAGCCAUUCUCAAUUUUACAAACAAAAAUAUUGUAAUUUCAUUUCAAGAAGUAAUGCCCUUUCAACCUGUGUUGGCACGCUGGCUGAUACUGCCUGCCCUGUUGCAGACAGUGUGGAACACCUGGGAAGGUGUGAGCUUUCCUAAUCAUGGCUGCAGAGAUUAAACUGGUUGCCUGGACACUAAUGAAAGUUAGCUGUUAUACAGCAAGCUGGUAAUAAGUUGAAUCUGGAGUUUUGGUUUACUAGUGUAAAUAUUUCUUUAUUUUUUUCAUGGUUGUUUGGGUCUCUCUUCACUUUGCAUCCUAAAUUGUCUCUGCCUUCCCACUUUCAUUCUCUAAAGUGAACAAAUUAUGAUCUUUUCAGGAAUGGCAAAAGCUUAAAAGCAAUACCUGUGGCAGGAUUUCUGUUUCAGGACAUAUAUAAAUUUGAGUUACUCAGUAGGAUAACCUGUAUUUAGCAUGUUUUGUGUUCUGAGAGGAUUUGAAUGACACAAAAAGAAAAGCAUAUUUCUCUAAAGCUUCACUGAGUUCUGAUCAAGGAAAAUUCUGUUGCUAUUCACUCAAAGGCCACGUAUGCAGUUAGAUGGGUUCUGAAUAGCUGUAAAGCUGUAUAUUGACUCAAGUUGUAAAGGAUACUUUCUCUUAGUAUGGAGAAAUUACUCAUCUUUAACUUCAAAACUGAAUGUUUACAGAGAUUUUGGCAAAAAAAGGUUUAUCCAUAUAGUAUAGAAAAUACUGUAUAAUGGUGGUAGAGGAGGCAACAGGAAACAGGCAUAUAAAAGUUCAGUAGUAAUUUUAAUAGCUAAAGACUGUAGGUUCCCUGUGUUUCUGCAGAGGCUAUUUCUCUCAUAAGAAGCAGCAUGGACUUUUAUAAGACAAGAGAAAGCCAUACUGUGCCUUAAAUUAAGACAAUCCUGUUGCAUUAUUACAGUAUGAAAUGGGGGAUAUUAUGCCUGGAUAUGAUUUCUAUUAGCUCUCAGGACCAAGAAAUUAAUCUCAAUUUCUGCUCCACUUGCCUGCUGUAAGGACAUCAGGAAUACCAGGGCACGCCCUGCUGUGGCUUGGGUUCUCACUGUCUUUACAUUGCUUUUAUUUUCUGAGGUUUGGUGCUUGUUUUUUUCCCUUCAGUGUUUGAGCAGAAGUUGUUGUUAGUACUGUGGGUGUCUGUCCUGGGCUCUACCACGUGUCACAUUUCCUUAAAUGUCAGUUGGAUAGUAAGCCAUACUGCACGACAUGUCACUCCUCCCAUGACUUGACUUUUGACUCCCUGGAGCUUGCAAGAGCCAUUAGAAAUGUCUUUUAAAUAGCUGUCAGUAAAAGCAGAAGUUCAUCUCACCUACCUAUUAAAGGAUUAAGCAAAUAAAUGUGCCCUUCACGUGGUAAAGUAGGUCUUAGAAUAACAUUCUUUUAUUUGUCUGCCUACACCCCAGUGCCUUCCAUCCCAGGUAUGUGAAUUGGUACAGGAGCUACUCAGAGCAUGUGGUAACAACUCAGGCUUGGGUCAAUGGAGAGUUGCAUCCAUGCCCACGGGGAUUGCUGCACCUCAUUUCUGUGCUGUUACAGGCGUGUAAAUAAAAUGUAUGAUGACCAAGCAGAGUUGUAACAGUCUUGCAGCAAGUGUUGCAAUGCCAUGUAAAGGCCUUCAUGCGUGCGUGGUUGGUUUCAGAAUUAGUUUCUCUCAACCAUGAAGUGAUUACUGCACCUAGAUAAAGCAUAGGCUUAGUGUAGUUAGCUGGUGUUCAUUUAGCCAGACAUAAGUGUAACUUCUGCCUUGUGUGAUUGUUUCUCCUACUGGUCAGUGCAGUACUCUGUGUCACGUGAGGAGCAAAAUGCUGUUUGUGAGAGGCAAGCUGAGGCACUAAUGAAAGCCAGGUUGUUGUUUAUUUCGGGUGGAAUUUGGCUAUCAGAAAUCCAGUAUAAGUCUUUUCAGUAUGCUGGAUGUGGAAUGCUCCUGUUGCUCACUGUAAAUUGUAUGGACAAUGGUAUGGGCAAUGGGUGAUAUGAUUAACGGUCAACUUCAGGCUUUCUCUUCCCUUUGAUAUCCCUUGUAGGAGGCUGCAUGAGGAACAUGGAGGCUGCUGCUGAAGAGCAUAGUUAGCAGUUAGUUGGCACUUGUAAAGGAGAGUGAACCUCUCCCCUGAGGGUAGGAGGGAGGGAGAAGUGUGAACUCAUCCUCUCCUUGGCGAUGAGGACUGCAGGUGUCAUCAUCUGCAUUACCUGAAGUCUAGCCCAGUUUCUAUUGAAGCAUCUGAUUAAUUUUUGGUUUCUCAUUAAUGUGGGUGUCGAACAAAUUAAAUGUGACCAACAUCCCAAGAAGGAUCUGAAAUUUGUUUUCAGCUGAAGAGCUCUUUAUACAAAUGAACAUCAAUUUCUAUAAUUAAGCACACACUUUAUUCCUGCUGAACACAAUUGAACCUCGAGACAGAAAUUGCCUCUUGCAGCACCUCUCUUAAACAGUGAAAACUGCUUAGGCCCAGCGUGUGUGCUCUUUUCCAAUCUUUCUGGUGAGGGGUUAGUUUUAGAGCAGUUUACUAUGAUCUUCUUCAAAAGGUCUGUGCUUCAUGUAUUUCCUUACAGACUAACAAACAACUGGGUGUUCCUCUCCCUUUGCAUCCCAAUGAUUUACAGUCUUUUAAAGUGUGUGAGAUUUUAUUUAGAUAGGAGAACUCAUCAUAAAAAGUCGUAACUUGCUAUUUUCACUAAGGGCAAGUUGUUGUUUUGGUUGAGUAUGGUAUUACACCACUGCAUUUGUCAUUGUCAAUUUAUGCCAGGCUUUAAAUAGGAUACUCUGCAAUGAGUUUGUUUGCUGGUAGCCUGUAAUGCUUUCAGGCUAGCUAACAUUAACAAGAGGCAGCAUUACUGUGGCUGAUGUUCUUUUGAUCAUGCACAACCCUAGUCAGGAAAUGGGUGAGGAGCGUGAGUCAUGAUUACAUUACCCUAAUGUGACUGCCUACUAGAAGUUUUCUUUUGCCGCCAAUACUUUUUCCCUUGACAUUACUUCUAAAAACAAAAUGUGCAUUUUGGAGCACUUUGAAAUAUUGACCUUUAAACACAGGGAUUUAUGUUCUUUUACAGUCUCAAGGCAAAAUCCUGAGCUGGAGCCCCUGCAGAGAGCAGAGAGAACAAGAACGUGUGCAAAAUGCCUUUUCAAAAAGCUGCUAAAGAACAGGAGUUGCAGUACAUUAGGUCUGCUUGAGUUCAUUUGAUUCAGCAUCUUUUUCUGAUCCUUUAAUUAUUCUGUCAUGCUGCCUGCUCAUGCAAGCUCAAGGUCCGAUCUCUGUGCACAGAUGCUGUCAUCUCAUAUGCCAUUUGGCUUAAGCUGUGUCAUACACACAUGCUUAUCUUUGGAAAUAUGGCUGCAGUAAUGGGGAGAAAGUAGCAGAGUACUGGCUGAGCUAAAACCCCAAGUGUCAAGAAGGUGGCUUUCCUGGGACCUGGAACAGCAGUAUUUCAAUCAGCUUAAUUAGAUGUGUGGGGUUUACACAUCUAAUUCAAAAGAAAUAUCAGCUGCUAAUCAGUCGAACUAGUUUUAGCACUGAACUGGCACAGUGCCACUUUGAAUAUUCUGCCAGUGUAUUUCUAUAGUGCUUCCAAACAUGGAAAAAAACCAAGUAUUGAGUAUAUUCAGUUCUUUCAAAUUAGACUUGCUUAACUCUGCCUGGUUUUAAGAGCAGUAUGUGAAAUACAACUGUUGGCACAGAAAGUGAAUGUAGUCCAAUACUAUCUGAUAUAUUCCAGGAAAAAAGUCUGAUUGAUAUAGUAUAAGCUAUUCAAGUUGACAGAACGGAGCACUUGUCAAAAAGAGAUGUGAAGAGGAAAUGGGGAACACUGAACUGCUGUCCAAUGUGAUGCAGCCCUAUCAGCUGGGGCAGGUCACAGGCGUUGCUGACAUGCUGCAGAGCAAAGACAGAAUAUAAUGUGUAUUUCAGUUGUCACUUACUCUUACCUCCACUGAGACUGCCUUCAAAUAGUGGCAUUUUUUCUGUUAGAAGUACAGCUUAUGCUUGUAGUAAAGUAAUUUCCACAUUUUUCCUUAUGUUUCUUAUAAGGGCAGUAAAGCAAAAUCACUUAGUUUACUUGUGUUAACAAUCUACUUUGCACUGUGUACAGAUGACCAGUUUUUAAAGUCUUAUUAACUCUGUGAUUUCAUCCCCAUUCUUAAGGAGGGCAUGAUUUGGACCAAAUAAGAAAUUCACUGAAAGCUUUUGUAAUUAAUUCAUUGAAUAAUUUCCUUCCUUCCUUCUACCCCAUCCCCAUGCUCUUUGAUCUCAUCUUGAUGGCCAUUCUGCUCCUUGGAGAAUACAGAACUGCAACAGAGCAGAGAAUGCAUCCUUUCCAAUGUAGUGCAACAAGUAUGUCCUGUGCAAAUUUCCUCUGUAGUUCUGUACCUCUAUUUCAUAAUUAACCUUUGUGUGUAGAGGGUUCUCUGGCCCUCAAGUUUGAUUUAAAUGAGUUUAUCAGCUGUUUUAAGGUGGUAAAUACUUCAAGUGAAACACUUGAGGAAUUGAAUAAAACAGAACUGGUGACUGUAAUAUGCCUAUGUCACUUGUGUGUUUCAAGGAGAUGAUAAAGAAUAUUUGACUUAGAGAUGAAGAGUAUUUGAGAAUUGGAGGAGAGGUGGGUAAAGGGCAGGAGUUGGGUUGAAUGGGAUUGUGCAAGAUGGUAUUAUUUUUAGGUUGCCUUUUGUCAGGAGCUGCCAGUUAAGGAAAUGUUAGAGAUCUAUUUAAAAAAAAAAACAAGAAAAAUGUUCAAAAUAUCUUGAAAAAAACUUUGUUGUUAGAUUAUACCAGCUUUAGGAACCCUAAGACAGACAUUAGUGGAAGUAGCAAGUCAUUUUUGCAUCAGAAGUGAGUAAAAAAAAAUCCAUGGACAUUUUAUCUUGCAGAAGUGUUGGUUGAGAAUUGCUCAUCCCUUCUGCCAGAAUCCUUUGCUCUGAGCUGUUCAAAUGACUUGCUGCAGCUGGAAGUAGCAGUCCCACUCCUAGCCAGGUGAUCUUAAACCUCUUUCCUAGUUAGUUUUCAUCCAGUUCAGUGAGCUGAGCUGGCUUAGAAGGGGUCAAGUGUGUGCAUGCGGAUGGUGGGAGGAGAAUAUCUUUGACAGUAAGUUAUAUUGGGCUUGAACUCUCUCUGGAAGUGUGUUACCAGCAGUCACACUGCAGCUGUUUGUAAGCCUUUACUGUAAACUGAGUCAGUGGGGAGAACUGCUGCUGUGCCCAGUUUGCAGUGUGGCUUGUAGAUCUGCCUGCAUGCUGAGAGUACAAGGAACUGCAGUGCGGAUCUGGGAACAAACAGAGAGGAAACAAGGGCGGAAACUUCUUACCCCAGCUUUCAGAGCUGAGCUUGGCUGGAGAACUACACCCUCUGAGUUAAAGGAGAAAGCUAUGUAGGUCUUCUCAAGUUCUUGAAGUUGGAUGUUUGGUUGCUAACUGGCCUGAAACUUGUGCACCAUCUUGCAGAGUCCUCCAGCGGGAGACAUUCACAUACCCUGAAGUUCCCCACCUCAGAAGGGGACUUUUGAUGUGCAAGAUUGGUACAAGAUGAUGAUGUAACAUAGGUCACACUGAAGGUCUUCUGAGAAGAACUGUCUUUGUAAGGGACUUCUUCUUCUUCUUUUUUUUUUUUUUAAACAACUCCCCCUCUAUCUACAAGCAAGAUGCCAGCCAAGACACCCAUCUACUUGAAAGCCGCUAACAAUAAGAAAGGGAAGAAAUUCAAACUAAGGGAUAUCUUGUCUCCUGAUAUGAUCAGUCCACCACUUGGAGAUUUUCGUCACACCAUACAUAUUGGAAAAGAGGGACAACACGAUGUUUUUGGAGACAUCUCUUUUUUGCAGGGAAACUAUGAAUUAUUGCCUGGAAAUGAAGGAGAAACUAGAGUUAGCCAAUCUGGUGGCCACAGUGAAUUCUUAAGGGCAAACAGCACUUCUGAAUCCAUGUUUACAGAAACUCCAUCACCAGUGCUCAAAAAUGCUAUUUCCCUUCCUGCCAUUGGGGGUUCUCAAGCCCUUAUGCUGCCCUUAUUGUCACCAGUGACAUUUAAUUCAAAGCAAGAAUCCGUCAGGUCAUCAAGAAACCCACGGCUUAGCUGUGAGCCAGUAAUUGAGGAAAAGCUGCAGGAGAAAAGUAAACAGACGGAGGAUGGAGAAACAUACAAAGAUGAUGUAUGGGAGCAAAAUGGUUCUUCUUCGCAUUUUGUUAAUGGUAGAGACAGUAACUCAUCCAGCUUUUCUGAACGAUGCACUGAUUGGCAAACAGCUGAUUUGUUUGAAGAUAGCCGACUUUCGUGUGAACUAACCAAGACAAAGUCAGAAGAAUCCCUUUCAGAUCUUGCAGGCUCUCUUCUCUCAUUACAACUUGACUUGGGACCUUCACUUUUGGAUGAGGUCCUCAAUGUAAUGGACAAGAAUAAAUCUUAGAGCUGGUACUCCUUGCUUUCUUAUAAGUGAUUCACUUAAAUAAAAAUAAACAGAAACACAGUUCAAGAGAAGAGACACUUAAAAAUCAGCUGUAUUUGCAGCUGUUUGACGGGUUUUCUAAAAAUAUUCAUAAAGUACUAUUUUUUUACCUAUUGUUUUUCAUAAUUUUUAUGACACUAAAUUCUCACAGCAGGAAGGUAAAUUUUAAUAACAGUUUUCAGCAAGUAUAAAAUGUUUUUAAGUACCAGUAUAAUGAUCAGAAACUUAAGAAACAGAAUUUGAGGAUGAUACUGAUCGUGACAUUUGGUUAGUUCACUUCUAUGGGCUUCUGAACAUAUGAGACUCUGUAAGUGUCAGAAAGGAGACUGGUAUUAAUUAUUCACUGUUAUAAAUUAUUGCAACAUCACUUUACAUGUUGGCCUCUUUCAAGAACCUUGUGCUUGGGGUCUUGGUUGUGUUUUUCUUCAUUUUCCGUAGUACCAUUUCUGUUAUACCUUCACAGUAACUAUUUCUGCAGUCUUACACUGCUCUGUAUCCAGAUGUAAACAGUUGAAGGCUUUUUCAGCUUCAGAGUGUCAACUGUUCUGAGUAUGCACGAAUUUUCACAGUUUGAGGCUUUGGGCCUGAUGUUGUAUAUGAAAUGAUGUGUUGUAAACAGGUGACACAUGCAAAAUAUGAUGGUUAAAUUAUUUUAGAAGUUGAAAUAUAUUUUUGUGUGUAUCUUGGCUUUUUAUUGUGGAGCCUACACAUACAGUAUCUCAUCAAAAUAAUUGCUUGACAUUAUUGGUGCUCUUCUGAAAAUUGUAUAUUUGUGUGUUUGAAAAAAAUAUGUAUUGAUACUCCUUGCUUUUUUUCUUCAUUUAUUGCCACACAUGCUUAAACUUGCAAACAAAAACUUUGAUUUUUCAAGAAGGCACUGGUUAUUCACAAUGCUUGUGAUGUGUGCUGCAACAGGCAAUGUUUUGGGAAACAUGGAUCCUUUAAUACAGUAUCUACAUGGAUUGCAUAGAUACCUUGUGCAAUACAAUAAAACAAAUUAAAUUA